AUGAACCGCGCCUCUCUCGAAAUGUCAACUGCCGCAGGGCCAGGCGCGACCUCGCUCGCGUCCGAGGCCAACCAGCUCGAGCCCGAAAAGGACAGGAGCGACGUCGAGGCCCCACGUCCCGACAGCCCCGAGAGCCUGGGCCUCGAGCAGGAUAUUGGCGUGACCAAGAUCGAAGCUCUCUACAUUGUGUUCGGCAAGGGAUGGAAGCUGUGGCUUCUGUGGGGCUCCAUUGGAGUCGUCUGCUACGUCUUUACGCUGAGCCAGAGCACGACCUACACAUACUCGGCCUUUGCCACCUCCUCAUACUCGCUGCACACCAUCGUCGCCACCAUUGCUGUCGUGACACAGAUCAUGGCCGCCGUGGCGCAGCCGUUCAUCGCCAAGAUUGCCGACCUCCUCUCGCGCCCCAUGGCGCUCACCAUCUCGGUCUUCUUCUACACCCUGGGCUUCAUCAUCACCGCCGCUAGCAAGAACGUCGACUCCGUCGUCGCCGGCCAGGUCCUGUACACCCUCGGCAACACGGGUAUCAACCAGGUCACGGGCAUCCUCAUUGCCGACAUUACCAGCCUGCAGUGGCGCGGUGCCGUGCAGGGCGCCUACUCGCUGCCGUGGGUGCUGAACGCGUUUGUCGCCGGAUACAUCACGGACGGUAUCAGCGCGUACUCGGAGAACGGAUGGCGCUGGGGCUACGGCAUGUUCUGUAUUCUCGUGCCCGUGUGCAUUGCGCCGUCGCUCCUGGUCCUGUUCUGGGGCGACCACCGCGCCAAGAAGCUCGGAGCUCUCUCCCUCGCCUCGUCGUCGUACGCGCGUCGCCACGUCCUCGAGGGCAUCGAGCCUCCCCGCCGUACCGUGCUCCAGGUCAUUCUUCACUACGCCAUCCACAUGGACGCGUUUGGUCUGCUCCUCCUGGGCUUUUCGUUUGCGUGUCUCCUUGCCCCCGCUACCCUCAGCACGACGGCCGUCGGCGGCUACGCCAACCCCUCGCUCAUCGCCAUGUAUGCCGUUGGUGGUUUCCUCUUUGCCGCGUUCUGCGUCUGGGAGUGGCGCUUCUCCGCAUACCCCAUCAUGCCCCGUCGCGUCAUGAACCGCACUUUCCUCUGCUGCAUUGCCAUCGACUUUUUGUACUACUUCUCCGGCUACCUGACCGACACAUACUACCUGUCGUGGGUGUACAUCAUCAAGCCCGAGUGGUCGGACAAGAACUACACCUACUUUAGCAACAUUAUGACUGUGGGCCUGUGCGGUUUUGCCGUGUUUGCGGGCCUCAUCCAGCGCUACACCCACCGCUACAAGGCGCUCCAGCUCACGGGCCUCGCCAUCCGCGUGGUGGGCGAGGGCAUCAACUUCCUCGCCGUCAACGGAAACCAAAAGGACGUGACCCUCGUGUUUGCGCGUAUCCUGUGCUCGCUCGGCGGCGCGAUUUCCGUCAUCUCCACGCAGGUGGCAUCGCAGGGCUCGGUCGCCCACGCCGACAUGGCGCUGGCCAUGGCCGUCCUGUCGCUGUGGACGUCGCUCGGCGGGUCCAUUGCGUCAGCCAUCUCGGGCGCCGUGUGGAACAAGCAGGUGCCGCUGCACCUCGAAAAGUAUGUCGGCGAGUACUUUAACGCGACGGAGCGCGCCGAGAUUUUCGGGUCCAUCCUCGUCGCGCGCGCCGCCGAGCCCCACGACCUCAUCAACAGGGCAUACACAGAGUCCCUGCGCGGCCUGUACAUUGGCGCGCUCAUCACCUCGAUGCUCGCGCUCAUCGCCGGUCUCCUCACAAAGGAGUUUUACCUCGGCCAGGCGCACAACACCGUCGAGCCCCACAAGGAGGUCGUCAUGCGCGACGGCGUCUCGGACGAUGCCAUCGCUGCCGAGGCGCAGAAGGUGGAGGAGAAGGUCCUCCACGAGCUCGAAGGCAGGAAGUGA